AUAGUUAGACAUGGGAUCCGAUCGUCUUUACAGCAAGGGCCGUGUUUUGGGUUUCGAACGUGCUAAGCGUAACCAAAACCCCAACACCUCUCUCAUUCAAGUUGAAGGUGUCCAAACCACCAAGGAUGCUCAAUUCUACCUCGGUAAGCGUGUUGCCUACGUUUACCGUGCUCAACGUGAAAUCAACGGUUCCAAGAUCCGUGUCAUCUGGGGUCGUAUUGCUCGUACUCACGGUACUAACGGUGUUGUCAAGGCUCGUUUCCGUAAGAACUUGCCCCCUAAGGUGUUUGGUGCUUCUGUCCGUGUUAUGCUCUACCCUUCCAACAUCUAAGUGUGUUAAAAAGAAUAAAAAAGAAAUGACUCUAUCUUUUUUCCAUA